AUGCAAUCAAUUCUCCUCUUAUUCAACUUAUCUACAUUUUUGAUUUUCGGUUCAAAUGCUCUGGAGUACUCAAAUCGAUGGACAGUGCAAAUCGAUGGCGACAAUGACGAGGCAGAUAGACUGGCGUUUAAACAUGGCUUUGUAAAUCACGGCAAGGUAAGUAAUUUGCCUUAACAUUAUCCAAGAGAAAGUGGCCUUACGAGUGGCUUUCAGGGAUUAUCUGAAUCUAUUAGCAUGACCUUAGUAUGCCAUCUGCUGGAUAUUACCCUAAUUAUUACUAUUAUUAUUCAGCAUUUAGGCUUGUCGUCUUUGACUUUCUUGGGUUUUUUACCACGUAAUUGAUGCUUCCGGAGACGUACAAAUACAUCGGAUCAGGGCUAACGAAACAACUCGGCAAAAAUAAUGACUUCUUAGGCGUGCAUGAUAAAUCAAAAUAUUCACCCAUGAACAUCUGAGUUUAAAAACAGGAAAAUUUUUCUGUUUUCAUACCAAGAGAAAGUAUAGCUCUGUCAAAGUGACACGCAUCUGCAUGCUCGACCUUUGGACGUAAAUGAAGGGGAUUCUAUUUCUCAAUAUAUUAUUACACCAUACAACCGUUUGUCUGUAUUAAAAAUACUAUUAUCCUGCAGUAUUUGCGUUGAUACGCUAAUUAUUAGAGAACGAGAGAGAAAUGAAAAUGAAAAGCGUGUACACACUCUUUCCGCCAAGUUUUUUUUUAACAACAUCAUUGCCAUCCAAUCAGUAUGGAGCGACCCGGUAGGAGGUUUUUUUUAAUAUAACACGCUUGAGCGAACAAUAGCCGCAAAGGCGAAGUACAAGUAUUUACAGCGUAGUUCAAAUAUAGAAAAAUUACUACUUUUGACACCUAAUGGACCAAUCAGUUGUUCACAGCAGCUUACACAACAGAAAAAGAAAAAACGAAAAAAGUUUAAAACUAACAGUCAACAUUGCAGGAGAAAUUUGAUUGAAUUCCCGUGUCAUUUAGUAUAACGCCGACGAUGUUGCCCGGCAGGCUGUUCCAGACUUCGGCCUUUCCAGGGCAUGGCUUAGCAUACUCAGGCUUGCACGGGUUGCUCGUGUUGCCAUGGGCAGUAGGGUCGAGGUAGCAUGGUUUUCAAAUCAGACGGGCACAGACUGGUAUGCGUCCUGUACAGACUGUCGCGGCUACAACUUGCCGCUUGUGAUAAAGGGGAGGGAUGUUCAGUUUGGAUCGUGCUUCUUCUUCAUUUAGGCCAAUUAUGUGCGACGCCUUCUUCUGGAUACGGUCAAGGAGACUUAGAGUUGUUGUUGAAGCAUUCAUCCAGCUUAAGGAAGCAUAUUCCAGGACACUGCGAAUAGCAUGCAAUUGCACUAGGAGGUCACGUGACCAAUGCUUCCUUUAGACAAUGCACGAGGAUAGUAUAUUACUGAAAUCUAAUACACGACAAGAAAAUUUUAGCACCUUAGCGCGACAUAUUAAAUGCUCAUUUUUACAAGUACACGAACAAAGUGGUUUACUAGUUAGACUUUUUAAAAUAAAUUUACUCCACAAAAGCAAAAUGAAAUGUUUUAAAUCUCGAUCUUGUUUACGUACGUGUAGUAAAUUCAUCAUACAGGCCCCAUCAAAAUGAACGUACACGAAUGAAACGGAAUGCUUUGGGACAGUUUAGUUUCUACUCGGCGGCCUCUUUGCCUUUAUAACAAUAUUUUAUGUUCCAGUCUGGUUUAAACGUUAGCAUAUCAACGCGCACAGCCACUGAAUGAAAACAAUGGUCACGAUCAAGUUCUUAAAAACCGACCAGACGCGUGCGACCUACCACUGUUAUGGUAAGCAAUUAUGCUAAAGAUGUAAAAAAAAGGUUUUUGUGACAGUCUUCGCACUGAAGGUGUAAAUGGUUAACCGAGCGGUCGCUUUGAUUAUCAGAAAGAACUGUAAACUGUGAUGAUUUAAAUGAAUAGAUUACGGGACAGAAAUUUUACUGCUUGCGGCUCCUCGUGGUUGGAAUCUUGCUGAUGCCAAAAAUUGACAGAGCACAUAAAAAUUAUCUUACACCCGAAAUUUGAGAGGAAAUGCAUUUAAGGAAGACAUUUUAUAGCACUUUGAUUUUUCAACAAAGUAGUAUGAUUUGUAUUGGCCGCCAUGUUGGAGUGCAUACCCUUGCCCUCCAACAUGGCGGCCAAAACUAUUUUUGCAUGUAUCUUGUUAAACGUUUGAUAGUUACGCUCAGAUGUGCUGUAAAUGUUACCACUUCAUCUUUUAAACAUUUUCCUUGAAGUUUAAGUGCAAAAUUUGCGUUCAGAAAGAGGUAAUUCACAAUUUUGAAAAUCACAUUUCGGUCACGGGACCAGCUACGAACUUACUCAUUUCAAGAAGAUGGUGCGGGUUUGAAAAACCAAAGCACUAUUAUUUUGUUUAAGACAUGACCCACUAGUCGUUUUUCGAAGGCAAUUCCCUCUCUCUGCUUCUCUCUCUGUCUCCAAAUUGUGUUUGCUCCCCUACCGCGCUCUUUUCUUUCGGCAAGCAUCUUAGUAGUCACAGGAAAAGCGGCUUCUUUGGAGUGGUGGUGAAAGAAACUUUGAAAUCAUCUGCUCUAGCCUCAUUUGGGCUCAUCAGCAUGGCAUAGCCGUCAGGCACCUGCUCGUACAGGGGACCGACGGCUAUACUCAUGAGGGCGAAAUAGCUGUUAAUGGCUACCACUGCUCGGGUGAUGUGAUUGUUGGCAUAUGAGUUAAAUACUGGCCAUACCACCACAGGGUUGUGUAGUGUAAUUAUUGCCUUCAGGUAGUUUCAAAGAAUCUCUAUUUGCCAUUUAUUUAUUUAUCUCUCCGCCCUUUCACAGACUUUUUACAGAAUAAUUAUAGAAUAAUCAUACCUGGGCAGGAGCACUCAGCAAACCCUUUUGGGCUUUACGAGGAGAGCAUCUGGACAAGUUUACAACACGAAAGAAAAAUAAAACAACCUGCCCCAACUCUCACUUAUGUUCGUGAUUGAACGCAGAUUAAAAUUGACAAAACUUGUUCGUGUUGGACUUGCAAAAAAUGCAAAUCCGUUGUUCAAAUUACUGAACCUUUCAAUAUCGAGAAAAGUUUUCCUAACCUCUGGAAGAAUGCAAAAGUAACAUUAUUGCAUAAAGGAGGAGCACGCAAUGAGUGCCGAGAGUCUGUCUCACCUGUCCUUUAUUGUUUAAAGACAAAUAAAUUAUUGUAAGAGCUGCAACCAGCUUUUAGGUUAGGACAUUAUACAGAAACGGUCCUGAUCAGUUUAGGAUCAGGCAGUCAGGAUGUACCUGCUUUAACACUUUGUACUAAAAACAUGGGGCAACAUCGAGUUGAUCAGUCUGGUGUUUAUAGAUCUCUGCAAAGCUUUUCAUGAUAUAGUAAUUGAUCAUGAAUGUCUACUAAAAACGUAUACCUAAGUUUCCAGUCCUUCUGAUGUUGUCUGGUUUAAAUCUUCUUGUCUGAGAGAAAGCAGUUUAUUUCUUUAGAGAAAACCACGUCUGAACGUAGAGCAAGGUGUGCCCCUAGAGUCAAUUCCAGGACCGGUGCUUUAUCUUUUACUCGACAACGAUAUGCCUUUCCACGUUCACAAGUCAACUGUGGACGUCUUCAAGUUCAAACCGGAAAACCAUUCCAUUAAUACACCAAUCAUUAUCUAAGGACCUGACAGAGAUAGACAGAUGGGCAAAUCAGCAACAACCUCGCAUAAAGCGCUUGAAAACUAGACUUUCAAAGGAGUUGCGUUAGGCUGACACACAUUCUCUUUAUAAGUUUUUAUUUUUUAUACCCCUCCAGUUGAAUAAUAAAUAUACCUUAUUCCCUUUUGGUUUCGAACCCACUGUCCUCACUGACCCACUGACCCGCUGACCCACCUAUCCUCACUGCCUUCCGAGUCUUCAUCCUAGUAUUCUAAGUUAAGCUUCAGCUAAACAGCCACCAAAGGUCUUAUUAAUUUAUGGCAUAAUUGCUUUAUUGUCACUUAUUCAUCUUGUUUGCAGGUCAUUGAUGAUUACUAUAGUUUCGAAAACAACAAGGUGGACAAAAUAUCCAGUCUCCCAAGUGCCUAUGUUCACAAGGGGCUUCUGUCAGAACCAAAUGUAACUGCAAGUUGUAAUAUAAAAGACUAUAAUUGUUUGAAAAUUCUACGUGAAAUUGAGACUAACAAAUUUUCGCCAAGCUGAAAGGUGAUAGUAUUCGUAUGGUCUAAUAUAUUACGUGAUUCGAAAAGUACCCUUGGCCGCCAAGAAGGAACCUGGGCCGAGUUGUUCAAAGCUCGGUUACGAUAACCCAGGGUUAGUGGAAGAUUUGAAUUCAGAUGUGAAAGCUUAAAAAGCAUUUCAGUUUUAACUCUUUUUGUUUACAAGUUGAUGAUUGGAAGCUCUAAAAACAACAGAGAAAAUUAUCCGAGAAAAGGCUUUUGAACAUAAGAAAAAGAAACCUGGGUUAAAUUUACCCGCGGGUUAAGCGCUAAUCGGCCUUCGAACAACUGGGCCCUGUUGUGCAUGUAGUCUUUUUUGAGCUAGGAUGUUACUGAACCCACCUCGGUGGAUGUCAACUUCUAACCAAUUCCAAGGGACUUCUCUGAAGAAGCUUUAUUUAGUUCAUGUUUUGUGGGCCGGUUGGAUCGUUAACAAAUAUUUCUGAAACCACUUGAUCGUUUUUUCUAUGGAUCAUUUUCUUAAAAAUCUUUUAACAUAGGAUGACGUUCUGCCAUGGACGACAUUCAAAAUUUUGCAGUCAAACCUGUGUUAACUAAUAAUUGUCGAUUUUUGUCAUUCAUUUCUAGGUUAAGAUGGUUGAACAGCAAGAAAUGAAAUCCUUUAAAUUGCUUUCAUCCGAGUCAGUACAUUUCAACGAUGCAAGAUGGCCAGAAAUGUGGUAUAUUGUAAGUGUAACAGUGUAGCCUGGCUAAAUAUUACACUCAAGUUGAAGAAAACCACUCUGUGUUGCCAUAUUCUAUGUUUUUCUUGCCCGCGAGGAGUUUUGAGCUUUUGGUACCUUUUCUCAGAAGCUAAUGACUCCCCCCUACUGUUGCUUGUAGAUAGCUAACUGGUUGUGAAUUAACAAUUAUUGGACGAGGUUGAGUAAAGUAGCGUGAUUUGUCAGUGAUCAAUUAUUUGCCGAAACCGAAGGUUGACGCAAAUAGGUGAUCUGCUCGCCACUGACAAAUCACGAUAUUUUGCGAUUAAUUUUUUCGUCAUUCGACCACCGAGUUUGUGUUUUAAUGAAUAUCUUCGGGAAGCGAAGCGAUCUGCAAUAGGCCACUUCCGAGUUCCAAAGACCUGCAAUUUCAAAAUGAGGCCAAUUACACAACCUUUCUUGUGAAAAUGAGUUUUAUUUACAGGAAAAUAAAAAAAUCAUUUCCAUAUGCUGAGCACUUGACCUCGUUUUGAUACAGAGGCCUGGGGAACUCGGAAAUGGCAAAUUUUCAUGCAAGAGGGACCGUACUAAGAAAACCGUGGUUUCAUUUACAUAUGAGCAUAAUGUUAUUUGCAGCCAAACACAUGAAUAGACCACUAUUUGCAGUCACGCUGUGGGCUCUUGGCCAAUGAAAAGGCAUAAAAAUUUGAAUCGAAUGAUCAUAAAUAUUCUUUUUGGGAAGAUCUUACGCGCUGUCUUUUUUACCACCUAUCUGUUGCUAUUUUAUUUAUAUCCAAAUGGCCAAACUAUCAUUACGCCCCUAUUUUCGUAGAAUAGAAUUGAUGGUCCUACACACAAUGUGAUUGACGUCUGGAAAAGAGGCUUCACUAGUAAAGGAGUCGUCGUUGCCGUAGUAGACGAAGGAUUUGACCCAGAACAUCCUGAGAUUAAAGCCAAUUACCUUCAGGUGAACCAUACUAACAAUUUGUUUGAUUUGCGGCUUAAAAUAAAUAAAAUAUAAAUAUUCAUAAAUGUUUUUAUGUGUCUCUAAAUGGAGAUACUGUUAUAUAUCAUUCGCCUCAGUCGAAGACUGUGUGGCUUAACAGUUCCAUAAUAUUUGGAAAUUGGAAUGUUGCUUCAGGCAACUGAAAGAAGGUCUGUAAUGCCCCUGUUAUGGAAAAUCUUUUCUUGUUGCUGUUGCAAACCAAUGAAAAUUUUUAUGAUAAAGUGUGUAUUUGGGGACGCGCAUGACUGACAAAAUGAAACCCACUUUGUUAUGUUUGUUACAAUAUUUCAAUGCUGGUGAACUAAAUUAGUUCUCUUUAAUCUCACAACGAUCUGUAAAACAUCAAAGACCCUCAGGUUUUGGAUUAUUUUCUCCUAAAAGUCAGCUUGCUGCACUUAAACGGAGAAUUGGGCUGUAGCAGGGAACGAGUACGGGGAACGGGAAACUGAAAAGUGGGAAGAAAACUGAUAAUUGCUGUGAAGUUUCUGAUAAGGCUAGCAUUCAAGUUGGGUUUUGUUCCCAUUUUUUUCAUUUUUUGCGUUCCCCCUGCUCGUUCCCCGGUCCCCGUUCUCUGUUUUAGUAACAUCCCGUCGCACGAGAAUGCUAGAAAUUCAUUUAAUGUCUUUCCUUUGCAUUUUUACGAAUUAUUUGAUAAAUUAUUUUUAAAGAGCAUUUAUGGGGAUUGGGCGAAUUCGUGACAAUUUUUAUUGUACCGCUUACUAUAAAAUCUGCAGGUAACAUAAAGAGAUAAUUAACAAUAAAUGAAUGAGGCUGAAUAUCUUAUGAAGAAUUAUGGAGAUCGAGGACGGCCUCGACGGAUAACAACCUCCUCGAUCUCCAUAAUUCUUCAUAUAAUACGAAAGCCGAAUUCAAUAAUUGUUUUAUUAUUCAUUCAAAAUAAUUCCUAGUUUAAAAACAUAGCUAAAACAUGCUUACCUCCAUCAAUGUUAAGUUCAUCUUCGAUAGUGCACGUUUAGGGUUGUUCAGCUCCGAAAAUAUUCUCCAAAUAGCAGAUGUCGCCCUUCGAGUUGUCUUCAUGUUGUUCUUGCCAUGGUUUUAGCUAAUAUUGUUACUCUUCAAACGAGUGAAAUAUCCGCCAUUUUUUUUCUACAACCAAAACAACUUAACCUCGCCCCCAGGUCAUCUCGGUUAAAGGUGCAUUAGCCCCGCAAGAAAGCUGCACUUUUGACGUCAUCGGUUCAUUAAACGCAAAAUUCUUCCAAAUUUGGUCAUCAGUAGCUGGUUUUGGUGAAUUUUGCGUGUGCUGUUAGCCAAUCAGAAUCGGGAAAAUAUUUUGAAUGAAUAAUAAGAUAAGUUUCUUUAAUUAUUCUUUGCUUGUUAAUUUGAUUCUUUUCGAAACGAUCUAUCAAUAACAUGCAUUCCCCGUUUCUUCGCAGAAUGCGAGUUUGGACGUGGUUGACAAUGACUUUGUCCCUGUGUCAUCAACUAACGAACCGCAAUAUGGGUAAUUUAUUGUCUAUUUAUUGUUCCUUAGAAAGAAACGCCCAUUUUCACAGGGGGAAGGAUUACGUGGACGGUAGUUUUUGUUUAGAGAGCUUUAGAUCCUGAGACGAGUACGACUACGACUACGAGAUUUUCUGAAUACUAAGUAGUGCUCGCGUGUGAACCAGCGUCAUUUUUGGCGGGAAAAGGUGGUAGCCGUCGUCACUCACCAAUUAACGCCUCUAAAGUUCAACCGCGGUUCCUAAGACUGUCGAAUAACCCCAUCAUCACUUCUGGUAUAACAAAAAAAGCAUAAUAAUAAAGUGUGCCAAAACAAUUACUUUCUAGAGAUGACAGAGCCCACGAAAAGAAGGAAAGCUCUAAUAUAAUCAGUCUCCUUAUUAACAAACUGAAGGCUGUAGUCGACUGUCGGAGUGGUUUAGAGACAUUUAGAUUCAAGGACGAGGACGAUUACGAGCACGAGAUUUGACUUAAAGUUUUUUCGCGUCUUCUCAAAAUAUAGACUCCCCGGAAAGGUUCAUUUUACCAUUUUUCAUUAGAAAAGUUAGCACUGUUAUCUUUAGUGAACGAGGUUACUCGCUCUCCCGAUUGCAGAAUGAUAAAACUUCUAACAUUUGAUAUCUUGUUCUCGCCAUCACAACAUUUGCGCUAAAACUCGUACCAAUGUCAUUUUAUCAGGCAGUAAUUGGAAGCAUGGGACAUAAUGUUUAAGAAUUACCAUUGAGUCAAUGGAACGUUUUUCAAAUUUUUCUCAAAAUAUGUAGUUUAGAACUUGUUUUGAUAAACUUCCAAAAGGUUUGGUAAAUUAUUAAGAGGGUGUACCUGGUAAUAUAUUAAACUUUAAACAGUUUAAACUCAUCAGUAAGGCAUAAGUCCCAUUGCCAGAUGCAAUUUUCCUGCAAAAGUGUCUACUGGGACUCUGUUUAACGGCUUAACUAUCUAUGAUCAAUGGAGAAACUAUCACCUAGAAGAAAUGUAAAGCAUCAUACAUUGAAUUAACUGCCUCACAUUAUAAAUUGCUGGCUCACGAACUGUUCAAAUGUUGUUUGCACUAAUUUUCAUUCCGCAGACACGGAGAAAAAAGUGCAGGUGUCAUUGCUGCUGUAUUUAAUAACUCGAACUGUGGAGUAGGGUUAGCAUACAAUGCAAAGCUUGGAGGUAAGACAAAUGCAAUUUGGUAAUUUAUGAUAUCCAUUUUGAAAUCACUAGUGAUUCCUGCAAUCUGAUUGGCACUCAGGAGUGUCAUUCAUUCACGAAUCACACUAUUUUUUGCUCUAUAUCACUUCUCUUCUAAAUCGCGCCAUUUCUACAUUUAAUCGUUCCAUUUUUGCUCUUUAUCCCAUCAUUUCCGUUUCGAAUACAAAAUGAGAUGAAAACGCCUUUUUGGUCAUCCAGACCCUGAGAUAAGGGGGGGCGGCCUCAAAAAAAAAUUUUUCGGCCCUUCGGACCUCAUUUCGGUCUAAAAAUAAGGGGGGGGGGGCGGCCCCCGGGCCUCUCCCCUGGAUCCGCCACGGGGAUGUGUUUGUUGUUAGUUCUCUACCUUGCUCCUUGGAUCUGGAACACGCAGACAGGUUUUAGCGAGUUCCUAUGAACUCCUUAGUGCUCAGUGGGUAAAAAAAUUACAAUUACAAUUACAAUUAGCAGCUAAAUGGAGAAGAAAACCAUUCUAUUACACAGUAAUUUGCUGUUGAAGCUCACUUAAAUUUAUAUUCUGUUCGUAUUUCCAAGGCAUUCGCCUGUUUUUUAAGGAGAAAGCAUCCGAUGCUGAUACUGCAAGAGCUCUCAGUCACGCCACAAAUCUCAUUGACAUAUAUUCAAAUAGUUGGGGACCAAAUGACAAGGGGCUUGAAGUUGAGGGCCCUGGUUACUUGACCCAGCGAGCAUUAAAAAAAGGCGUAGAAAAGGUGACUUUUUAAUAAUUAGUUGGAACAUUAUUAUUAUACCAUUGUUAUCAUCAUACUUUUUUACUUGAUGAGAGUUACCGUCCAUUUCAAGGUCGCAAAUUUUUAUAAUAGACUGCCAAAAUCAAUCCAAAAUUGAGCAUUCAAGCAAAAAAUUUCUCUCAAAUUUAGAUUUUUCUAAGCUCUAAGCUAACACUUUUUAUUGCCAUAGAAAUUAACUUUUUUGUUGAAACUUCGGCAAAAGGUGAACGGGACUAAUUGCUAAACAGAUUGUGCUGGGAAGCCCGGGAGGAGGCAAGGUAUUAAAAAUAUGUUUAUACGGGGAGACUCACGCCUUUCUCACUGGUUAGAUACCUCAAGUCCCUAUAAGAAGUUUACCACGAAUAGAGAUUCGCGUAACUAUUUAGCAGGUUGAGGUCUCGUUCGUUAACGGAAUUAACCAGACGAAUCACUCUCGUUCGUUAACGGAAUUAACCAGACAAAUCACUCACGGCGGUUUAGGCGUUCAAUUGUUAUGGCCUUAUCUAUCAAAUGCGACUCCCUAGCCUGGCGAACUGAGUCACGUGAAGAAUGAAUUUCCUUUAGUACUGUUUCUGAACACUAUUGUGAUUCCUAUCAUAAAUUCAGUCACAUCUGUAAACCUGAAGAAGGCUGGUAUGGCAAGCCGAAAUAUUGUUAUGAAAAAACUUUGCAGUAGUCUUUAGACUUCUCCUUUUUAGUCCUCCCCUUAUAAGCCAUCAUAGGGAGUACACCCACCCCCCCCCCCCCCCCCCCCCCCCCCCCCCGGCGCACAAAAAACCCCCCCCCCCCCCCCCCCUCUCUAUGUGGUUUUCUCAUUAGGAUUUUUUUUUUUUUUUUUUUUUUUUUUUUUUUUUUUUUUUUUUUUAUUUUUUUUUUUUCAUUUUUACAUUCUUUUUUUUUUAUUUCUGUAUUAACUUCAUCUGUAAAUAAUUUUGAUUUCGUACAAAAAAUCAGUCCAAUACUUAAACCCGAAGAAGGCCGGGAUGGCAAACCAAAAUAUUUUUUUGGAAAAACUUUGUCAUAGGCUUUAGACUUCUCCCUUUUAGCCCCCCCCUUAAAAGCCCUCAUAGGGAGAACCCCCACCCCCCCCCACCCCCCCCCCCCCUUGCUGGGAAGAUACAAAACUCGGACCUACCUCAUUCUGUUUAGGUUAGUAUCUAACUGAUGAUUCUUUUCUUAUAUUUUUCUAUAAAUAUAUUUCUUAUUUUCAAUUAGUCUUCUCGACUGCACUAUACUGUACUUUUAUUCAUUUUUUCGUCAAACAUAUCUUUCGUAAUAAACGCUUUAGUUUGCGAACUGUUUACGUGGCCUGUUGAUUUUUAGGGACGCAAAGGUCUUGGAUCAAUCUACGUGUUUGCUGCGGGCAAUGGAGGCGUCCUCGUCAGAGACAGUUGUGCAUUUAAUGGCUACGUGAACAAUAUAUACACAAUUGCAAUAUCGGGUAUAAAGAGCGACGGUUCCAUUCCGGCAUUCGCAGAACCUUGUGCUGGCAUUAUAGCGGUGACCUACACAAAGGAUAUGUUUGAAGGAAGCAGGAAAGUGGUGCGUCGUCAGACCGUGCUAUUAAGGCCCCGCCCAAAUACGUAUAUUUUUUAACCCGAAUCGGACCUGCGUCCGCAGGAAACCAGUGAAUCCACUUACCUACUGCGCAACUUUUAGAAACUGUUUUCCCUAGUGAUUUUUAGCAUGUGUACAGCCACCCUCUCCCCUCCGAAAAAAAAAAUGACUGUACUGUUUUGACAGCUGUAGUGAGGAUAGACGUAUGGUCACGUGACUACCAAAAUUUCUUAGAUGAGUAGAUAAGUCUGUGUCAACGAUAAGGAUAGGGUAGGAUAGGCAAAUUUAUUUCAUGUCAAAGACUUACGUAGGAAGUGAUUGCUCAAUCUUCCCAUCCGGCACAGAGGGUCAUGCCGUUAAAAACAGACGACAACACAAAACAAAGUAACAUGUGAAUCAUGCAUUAAAAAUCUAAAAAUCCUUACGAUUACAAUUAAUAAGUACAUCAUUGUCUUUAUAAAAAAAAAACAUUUGAGACAUCUUAAAGAAUAGAAAAUCCUAGAUGCAAUGUCUCAAUCUCUACAAUAGCAUGAACAUUAAAAAAAUAAAAGGAUUUCUAAAGUAAAUCAUCUUCUAGAGCUAAAAUGGACUACUCACAAAUAUCAAAUAUCAUCUUAUCAAAAUAUUGAAAAUAUCAGAGAACUGGUCCCAAGAGUAUGUAAAAUAUAUCAGGAUCGAGGCUCCGGGUAAUCGCGGGUCCCUGAGUAGCCAAGUUUCUUCAUAUAAUUAAUUAAACUAAUUUAAACUGAAAUAGAAAUUGGAGAAAUGGUCAACUGUUUAAAAUCCAUUGCAUAGAGUUCAUAGGUUAUUGAACACUGCAUACUUUCCCUACUUUUCACCCUACUGUUAUGUCUUUUAAUAUACAGAUUACUGCUGAUGCAAACAAGGCCUGUACAGGAGAUUUUGGCGCCAGUUCAGCCGCUGCAGCAAUGGCCUCUGGACUCAUAGCCUUAAUGCUGAGUGCAAAGUGAGUAUUUGCUUAUUAUUAUUAUUGCGACAUUUGAAUUUCAGUUGGUUGAUUGCUUUCUCGAGAGGCACAACGUUUAAUUAAACUAAUAACAAGAUUUUUAACUUCUUCGUUGAUGUGGGUAAAAACACUGACAAAGACAUUCCGUGUGGGAACUGUUGUCCAACCUCUUUUCUGAAGGGCAAUUUUCCUGACUCAAUGUUUCUCUCCCCUGUUAGUUCAGUUGAAGUUGAUUCAUACAUAUCUCAAAUGGACAAUAACAAAUCCAUUGGUCCCUAUAGUAUUCCAGUCCCAUUGCUAAUAAUUAACUAAUUAACGAUUCUUUCCUCUGUGUAUUCUCCCCAGUAAACUUAAAUUGGCAAAAGUUACCCCAGUUUUUAAGACAGGCUAGGCCAAUAUCAGUUCUAUCUAUUUUUAGUAAAAUUUUUGAAAAGGCUAUGUUUAAGCGCCUUUAUAGUUAUCUUGAAUCUCGUAACAUUCUUUAUCCACUCCAAUUUGGCUUUGGGCAAAAGUGCUCGACAAAUCAUGCCUGAUACAAAUUACUGAAUCCAUCCCUAACUCAAUUGACAACAAUGAGUUUGGUGUGGCAUUUUUAUUGAUCUAAAAAGGCAUUUGAUACAGUUAAUCAUUUCGUUCUUUUAUCAAAACUGAAUCAUUACGGAGUGAGAGGUAAAGCCUGUGAAUGGUUUCAAUCGUAUCUGUCCAAUAGAGAACAAUUUGUAUGUAUAAAUGGCCAUAACUCUGAUUCUCUCUCAAUCACUUCUGGUGGACCUCAGGGAUCCAUUCUUGGACCCCUGUUGUUUUUGCUAUAUUUAAUGAUUUACCGAACACCUCAAAACUGCUUAGUUUUCACUUAUUUGCUGAUGACACUAAUCUAUAUUGUUCACGUAAAAACCUUAAUGAUCUUGAACUAAUCCUAAAUCAAGAGCUCCGUGCAGUGGCUGAAAUUUUUUGAAAUUUUGCUCUUUUUCAUUCUUAGAGACUUAAACCAUAAAAGUCAUUAGAUUUAAAAAUUGAUGGUGUGAACAUCCAAGAAGUUUCCACGGUCAAAUACUUAGGUGUCACUUUUGACUCAAACUUGACUUGGAAAAAUCAUGUUAAUGAACUCUGCUUAAAACUAUCGAAAACUGUAGGCAUAUUUUCCAAAUUAAGGUACUAUGUAAAUGUUGAUAUACUUAUUAUGCUUUACUAUUCUCUAAUUUACCCCUUAGCUUUCUUACUUAUGGUAUUCAAGUUUGGGGUCUCACAUAUACAACCUACCUAAAACUAGUAACUACUUUGCAAAACCGAAUCGACAGAAUAAUGACUUUUUCCGACCCUAGAUCUCAUUCUGAGCCAUUGCUGAAGUCUCUCAGACUCCUAAAAUUCUCUGAUAUAAUUGAUCUUGAAAUUCUCUCUUUUGUUUAUCAGUGGUACCAUAAACUAAGCCCUUCUUGUUUUGUUAAUUAUUUUAACCCAGUAAUUUCAAUUCAUUCAUAUUAAUACACAUCAAUCACAGAUUGAUAAUCUGUUCGUUAAAUCUAUUCAUGCCACUCAAUACGGCAUUCGUUCUCUCAGUUACACUGGUCCAAAACUUUGGAAUUCUUUAUCUAUUGAUGUUAAGAAAAUCAAGAGCUCUUUUCCAGUUUUCGUCAAUAUAUCAAGAAUUCUGUGAUUGAUGGCUAUAAUACUAUUAUUGAUUCCUAAUGUUUUACGAUUAUAUUAUCUUUAACUACUAUUUAAUUAAUGAAGUAACACUUUUUAUCUAAAACCUCUAUUUUGCAAUUAUAUUCUUUCUACUCAUAUUCUUGUUUGGGUCACCUACUCGGCUAGUUCCACGAACUAUUUAGGUCUCCCAAACUCUGCACAAUGAACUUACAAUUGAAAAUUUCUUUUCCUUCACAAUCUCUCGAUUUUAUAUUUUAAAGCACUAAAUUGUAUUAAUUGUUAUUCUGUGUGAGUUUAAAUUAAAAUUGACUUGACUUGUUUAGUCAAGCAAAACUGAGCACAACAACUUUUGAUAGUGUGAAAACCUCUUCCGCCAUUUCCCUUCUUAGUGCAGUAUCGACCGAAACGAUUCAACUUAUUCAAAACAAUCUUUUGAUGGUAGAUUUUUAAGCCUCAUAUAGAAGAGUGUGGUGGACAUAUUUCGCUGUUCCAACGAAGGCUUAAUUUCCCCUCUUUUAUCAGGCCCUCUUUGUGAUAAACACGUAGCUACGUUUCCAUAAGUACAUCUGUUCAACCUGAAGGAUAUGUAUUAAACAAACGUUAAUGACAGGCAAGUAUCUAACCAAAAAAUCCCUCAAAGAAUUGAGAGCAAAGAUAGGCUGAGCCAACAUUUCCUGUGGAUUAACACGGUUCAUUUACACCCAGUGGAGGCCUUUCAUGGCGAGAUGUGCAGCAUAUUAUUAUCCGGACUGCGAGGCAAGAUGUCAUCAGAUAUAGAGAUGCUGACUGGAAGAGAAAUAAGGCUGGCUUACGAGGUUGGUGUUUUUACUUAGUGGUGGACUGAAGGUCUCCUUCUGUGCUUAGCCAAUUUACCAAUUUUUUCAUUUUCUGUUUCGAGCUUCUCCCAAAAUUCAUGUGUCACUAAAGGUCGAUUUUCAGCAGCGACUUAAGCGUUACUUAAACGUUGUCUUAACCCAGAAGGGUAAGAACAUGUAUGACCUUCUGGAAAUCAAAAAUUGGAAGCGGAAUCAUAAACUAGACGGAAUCGAAUCGAAAAAAUUUGAACUUUUCCAUUUUCUUCCUUUCCCUUUGUGAAUGAGUCGUUUGCCAUAUAUGAAAAAUAAUAAUUAAAAAAAGAAAACGUGACGACCCUGCCAGUUUAUUUCUUCACGUUAUCGUAAAGUGACACCAGUCAUAAGAGGAGUCAUUGGCAAGAUUCUCACAGCAUUCUAAGCAGUGUGUGUCUGAUUGCAAUAAAUAAAACUUGUAUUGUUUGGGUAACGGUCUCGUGAUCCUCAGUUGCAAGAUAUCGUGCAUUUGAUUAUUGACGGCCUUGGACUUUCUGGAAGUUCCAGUGCACAAUUAUGAGGUUCGGACCUUUUAGAAUAAAGUUGAUCAGAACCUUCAAAUUCUAUAAGAUACACAUUAUGCCCAUAGCAGGUUUUAGUAAUCUAAGAUUUAACUUCUCGAAAAUACCUGUAACGCAUGGAAAACCUGUGGUGGUGUGGGCAACCUCUCACCCCCUUUUAUCUCGGUGGUGGUAUGAGUAUUGCUUGGAUGUUCGCGGGUUUAAGGGUUUUGCAUGAAUUCCUGUAAAUACCAUUCCUAUGUAUCGGCACCAGACAGGACCAGUUCAUGUUUUUGGUUGCUUGCAAGCGCUAAUGAAUAUUAGUUAUUUUGUUAUAGUAAAUGAUUACGUUGGCUUUGGUUUUAUGGAUGCCAGUAAGAUGAUUGAUGCAGCAAUCAGAUGGACAAGGGUUCCUCCAAAAGUAAAUUGCAGUAUUCCUCGCCGUGGCAUUAACGAGUGGGUUUCAACAUAUUUGGUAUUUAACAAUUGGCUCACGAGUCUUCGUUCGCAUGUCGAGAUUUGAAGCACGUUAGAGAGCACGAAAGGGACGUAAGAAUUGCUCGAGAGGCAGCCGAGAAUAACACUAGCUUCUUGAGUGCUCUCCAAAUUUCGCAGGUGCUUCAUUUCUUGACAUACAUACAGUUGAAAAUGAAACAAUUUAGGUUUUGUGAACUGCUACAUGAAAAGAGCUUUAAAUGGGAAAGAAUGGAACGUACCUUUGCCAUUUACAUAUUUGCCGUUUGAAAUAAGUACUACGUGGAGUUGAGAACGCCUCACUGGUGUAUGAGGAGAACAUCGUAGGACCCACACUAGAAAACUUGAUAUUCUUUCCUGGUAAAUCUCAGGUAGUAACCUAAAUAUUCCAGUUUCAAUACAGGCUUUUUGUACGCACGUUUGCAUAAUUUGAUAGCUGUUCAUGACCUUUGUUAAGUUAUUCGUUGCCCUCUUUCGUGCCUGUAUUUAGGUUGUUCUAGAAGAUAACACAUGAUCUAAUUUUCAUGUCAUAAUACAGAAUUGUCCUUUACCAGCACCCUUUCGCCCCUGGCGACGUUCGUUUGCUUUUGCGACAAGGAAAUCUUAGAUUUUACCGUAAAAAUCCUAGAUUUCGUCGUCCCCAAAACUCGAGCAGUGUGGUUAUCCAAUAAAUUUCAAGCUUUUUUUUUUGCUUUUGAUUUCUUUUCUUUCAGGAUCAUUAAGGCUCACAAAAAGUCAGAGGUCCUUAUCAGUUUGACCGACUGGAAAAAUAAUUGUGAUGGAACAAUUAAUUACUUGGAACACGUUGAAGUCAGUGUCAACUUGACCUACACACUUCGUGGGGAGUUACUGAUAAAGCUCACGUCUCCUCAGGGAACUGUGUCCAAGCUUACACACUACAGAGAGGCUGAUGCUGCGUUUGGAGCAAAGGAUUUAAACUGGGUUCUCAUGACGUUGCAUCACUGGGGAGAGAAUGCAAAAGGGGUUUGGAAAUUAUCUUUGGAGAGUUCACAUCCGGAGCAUUAUAACACAGGU